AUGAAAGUUGGAGACACUUGUGAAGUUCUCAAUCUGACAGAACUAGUUUUGUUAGACCGUGAUAAGUUACCCGAUGGACUUAAAAGUACAUUGGAGAAUAUUGCCGAGAAGGAAGGCUACGCUACCUAUGAUAUUACCAACAGAACAAUCUCCGUUGGUGGAAGUUAUAUGGCCGUUCUCUACGUGGCUGACAUUAAAGGAAAAGUUAAUAAUAAGGAAGAAGAGACCAGCUUGUUCAUAAAACAUGCCAUUACUCAGGAUAACGUUAAAAUUAUGAAUGUCUCUGAAAUAUAUUGGAAGGAAUUAUUCGUCUAUGGAGAAUUAAGCAAGAUAUUCGAAGAGUUGGAAAAUGAAGCGGUAAUUCCCCCCGAUAAGAGAUAUAAGCUUGUAAAAUUUUACAAAGAAAGUAAUACAGAUGCCAUCAUACUUCAAAAUCUUGCUAAAGAGGGUUACAGUACCGUAUACAGAAUGGGUGUGAUGCCCCUAAAGUUUGCUGAACUAUCUGUGCAACAGCUAGCCAGGUUCCAUGCAUUGAGUUUUGUCAUAGAACAAAAGAGACCUGAAUAUUUUAAAAGAAAAAUUAAAAGCUUAAAGACCUCUCAGAUUUUUAAUGACGACUUUAAUAAAUACUGUGAGAACACAUUCAAACUUUCAGUAUCGGGUUUGGACGAAAGAAGGAAAAGGAUGUUGGAGGGAAAGUUUCCCGAAUAUUUGGAGCUUUAUAAACAGUACAUCGCUAGUGAUGAAGGUAAAAUUAAGUGUCUAUGUCAUGGUGAUUACAGGAUGAAUAACAUAUUGAUGAAAACGACAAACGGAAUAAUCAACGAAGUUAUUCCCGUUGACUUUCAACUUCUCUACUAUGGAUUGCCGAUGAUCGACCUCAUAUAUUUAAUCUAUAGCUCCACCGACAAGGAAUUCCGAGAUAAACAUCUAAAAGCACUAAAGGAUUUAUACUUCGAUACAAUGGAAAACUAUCUCCAGUAUUUCGCGAUAGACAUAAAUUCAGUGUAUCCAAGAAAGCAGAUGGAAGCCGAUUACGAUGAUUGUCUGAAAUACGGUCUACAGAUUAUGCUAUUAAUGAUGCCUUAUACGUUCUCAGUAGAAAAUUAUGAGCCAGACUUGAAUAAAAGCGACCUGUUUGAUAUUACACUUAAUCUUGACCGAACAUACUAUGAUCGAUUAAACGGUGUUAUCGAUGAUAUGAUUGAAUAUGGAAAAUUA